AAAAAAACAGAAUCGUUUCCAACAUUUGGUCUUGCCCAAUGUACAGCUUAUUUUACUAAGACACUUUCCGCAGUUAUUCCAAAUAAAACAUUCAACAUUCCUAGCUGGAUUCCCAAGUUUAAUUCCCCAACAACACCAUUUAAUUUUGACCCUCCGACCUAUAAUGAGAUUACAAAUGUCAUUCGAAAGAUGAAACCGUCUGGCUCACCGUGCCCUCUCGACCAAAUAUCUGUUAUCUGUCUUAAACGCUGCCCAUAUCUACGUACUUAUUUAACUGAAAUUAUCCAUGCUGCCUGGUCAUCUGGUAUUGUUCCAUCAGAAUGGAAAAAAGCGUGCACGAUAUUGAUUCACAAAAAAGACGAAUCUGACAAUCCCGCUAACUUCAGACCCGCAAUAACUCUAGAAUCUGUUCCGCUCAACGUUUUUACGUCGUGUCUUCGUAACAAAAUUUUCGCUUUCCUAUCUGAAAACAAUUACAUAGAACAUGACAUCCAGAAAGGUUUUACCCCAAACGUUGCAGGAACUGUUGAACCUACAGCCCAUAUGGCGCACAUAAUCAACACAGCCCGUAUAAAACAAAGGUCACUUGUAAUCACUUUACUCGAUCUGAAGAAUGCAUUCGGUGAACUACAUCACAACCUUAUUUACAAAGUUCUUCAAUAUCAUCAUAUACCCGAUCCUAUAAAUGAACUAAUCCGGAGUCUUUAUACUAACUUCCAAACAUCUAUCAUAACUGAAAAAUUCAGUACCCCUUUCAUUACCGUCGGCCGUGGCGUUUUACAAGGUGACUGCCUUAGUCCACUCCUUUUCAAUAUGUCCUUUAAUACCUUCGUACAACACAUUAAAUCUGAAUCAUUCCCGGAGCUUGGCUUUUGGAAAUUUAAUAAAACUGGUAUUCCGUGUAAUCCAAUUCAUUGGUUCCAGUUUGCAGACGACGCGGCUGUCAUUAGUAGCCAAGAAAAAGAAAAUCAAAUCCUACUCAAUCGCUUCUCGGUAUGGUGUCAAUGGGCCAAUAUGAUUAUACGUGUUGACAAGUGCUCUACGUUCGGUAUUAAAAAACACUCAUCUAAAUCUGUUCAAUAUCAACCUAAAUUGUUUGUUAACCACCUACUUGUACCCCGUACCGAAACUGGUGAAUCUUUCCGCUACCUUGGUCGUUAUUUUAAUUUCAACAUGUCAGAUGAAAAACACCAAUCGGAUAUAUGUGACUUGUUUAAUAAUAUCAUAUCUAAAAUAGAUGAAUUACAUUUGCACCCCCGAAAUAAAAUCCUGCUAUAUAGUCGCUACUUGCUCUCGAAAAUCUCAUGGGACUUCACAAUAACUGAUAUAUCUCAAACAUGGGUUUGCGAGACUUUGGACGGUAUUGCUACUAAAUAUAUACGAAAAUGGCUCGAACUGCCAAUAUCUGCAACUCUAAGCAAUGUCUAUCUCCCUUACAACAAAUCUGGUUUAAAUGUCAUUCUACCUUCAACGAAGUUUAUACAGUGCCAAACUGUUUCACGCUUAGCUUUAAAGUCAUCGAUAAAUGAAAACAUACGUGAAUUAUGGUCAAUAACAAGCACCAAUAGGAACAUUCAGUACGACAUUUACUCAAACACAAAAGAUGUAUUGAAGGCAUUUAGACAAAAAAACGAACAGCCAGCGACUACAAAAUAA